AUGACAGAAAGUAAUUUUUCGUUGAAGAAGAUAGAAAUUAGUGUUUCAGAAGCAGAAAAGCGAACUGGAAGAAAUGCCAUGAACAUGCAGGAAACAUAUACUGCUUACCUCAUUGAAACAAGGUCAGUUGAACAUAGUGAUGGUCAGAGUGUCCUAACAGACUCACUGUGGAGGCGGUGUAGUGCAUUUGAGUGGUUGAGAAACUACCUUUUAGUUUACUAUCCACAUAUUGUUGUGCCACCUCUACCAGAAAAAAGGGCAGAAUUCGUUUGGCAUAAACUCUCUGCUGACAACAUGGACCCGGAUUUUGUGGAAAGACGACGAAUUGGUUUAGAAAAUUUCCUCUUGAGACUUGCUUCACAUCCCAUCCUUUGUAGAGACAAAAUCUUCUAUUUGUUUUUAACACAGGAAGGCAACUGGAAAGAGACAGUAAAUGAAACUGGAUUUCAGCUGAAGGCAGACUCCAGGUUAAAAGCGCUUAAUGCAACAUUCAGAGUGAAAAACCCAGACAAGAGAUUUAUUGAACUAAAACACUAUAGUGAUGAACUCCAAUCUGUCAUCUCACAUCUCCUUCGAGUCAGAGCUAGAGUAGCAGAUCGACUAUAUGGUGUGUAUAAAGUACAUGGGAAUUACGGGCGAGUUUUCAGCAAAUGGUCAAAUAUUAAUAUUUUGUGUCUUGAUAAAAGUUACUAUAUACAUUAUUUUUUAAACAGAUAUGCAUCUUCUAUUGAUGAUAUUUUGGAAGAUGAAGAACAUUAUGCGGAUCAGUUAAAGGAGUAUCUUUUUUAUGCAGAAGCAUUGCGGGCUGUGUGCAGGAAACAUGAACUUAUGCAGUAUGACUUAGAGAUGGCUGCUCAGGACCUAGCAUCCAAGAAGCAGCAGUGUGAGGAACUGGCAACUGGGGGUGAGCUAUUUUCCAUUUGGGGAGUGACUACCCAGCUCUUCGGUCAAGAAACUCCAGAGCAGAGAGAAGCCAGAAUAAAGAUGCUAGAAGAACAAAUAAAGGAAGGAGAACAACAACUUAAGUCUAAAAAUCUGGAAGGCAGAGAGUUUGUCAAAAAUGCUUGGGCUGAUAUUGAACGCUUCAAAGAACAAAAGAACCAUGAUUUAAAGGAGGCCCUCAUCAGCUACGCAGUCAUGCAGAUCAGUAUGUGCAAAAAGGGAAUUCAAGUUUGGACCAAUGCUAAGGAAUGCUUUAGCAAGAUGUAA